AUGGCUCUUUCAAAACUUGCAGGAGAAUUGUACCAAUUGUAUGAUCAUGAUAAAUAUGCCGAGUGCCAGCGCCUCCUUCCUGCUCUCAAGGUCGAAUUGAUCAAGCACAACUUGCUUGUUCCAGUGCCUUCCAACUCCCAACUGACAGAUCAAAUCAACGACUUGAAGAUUUCUGAGAGAAUCUUGGAAAUUGGUGCAUUGCUGUCGUUGUUGACUCACGACUAUGCUGGCUUUGAGAACUUCUUUGCUUCCUUGCGUCCAUUCUACACAUCUACGAAGUUGCAUGGCAAGUCCGAAACAAACACGGAUGCGACCAAGAUUAUUGCCUUGUACUUGUUAUACUUGCUUUCACAAGGUCUUAUAAGUAAAUUCCACGUCGAGUUGGAAACUAUCUACAACAGCCCCUCCUUUAACGUCGAGAAAGACAAGUACUUGAAUUAUCCAAUCGAUUUGGAGAGAAACUUGAUGGAGGGCAACUACAUUAAGAUUUGGAAGUUAUUGCAAAACGAAGGUUCAUUGCCUAGUAAGGAGUUCCAUCUUUUCACACAGACGUUGAUCAACACCUUGAGAUUCGAGAUUGCUAAGUCGAUCGAAAAAACCAACGAUUCCAUUCCAGUUUCUAACUGCAGAACCUUGUUAUACUUCCCACAAGAGCAGUCAGACAAGGCAUUCGAAGAAGCAUUGAAGGAGGAUCUCGAAGUUGAGGACUGGAUCUUCAAGGAUGGUGUGAUCUACUUCAACACCAAAAAGUCCCAGGGUGCAUUCACCGCCGACAACUCAUCCAUCAUCAGCAAUGUAUUGGACUACGCUGAGCAAAUCGAGUCUAUCGUUUAA